AUGGAUUAAGCAGACAUUAAAAAGUUAGAAUAAAAAUACUUAAGGUAUUAGUCUGAACUUAAGUAAAAAGCCGGAUUGACAUUAGAGGAUACUUAAUCUUUUAUAAUAAAAUGGCUAGAGAGCUAUAACUCAUACAUUGAAGAUUAUUUUUUACCUGGAAAAAUAAAUAAAUUUCCUGAUGAAUAAAAAAUGAUCAUCAACAAUCCUUUGAUAAACAGCACGUGGAAUUGGAGAGUUCAUAAAAAUUUCAUAUCAAAGCUAAAUCAGCUUUAAUUAUCUUAAAUUUAUAAGAUUAUAAGCAAUAUGGAAGAUAUUUGCUAAGGAAACUUUAGUCAUUUAAAAAGAAUCAAAUUUUAUACAAGUAUUACUCUUCAUCUCACAGAAUUCAUUAUUGAAAGAGAUUCUAUACCUGGAAUUAAUAUGCUAGUUAUGGUGGGAGUUGAAAAGAUUCCAACUUUGGAUAGAAACUUUAAAAAGGUUGAGAGGUUUGAUUUCAAGUAGUUCAUCAUGUUUUUAAAUUUGAUAUAAGAUGGAGAAAAAAUUGAUGGGCAGUACAUUAAUAAAAAGUAUCAAGACAUCCUAAACGAUCCUUGCAGGAGUGGCUUUAUCAUAAAUCCUAUGUAAACUAACCCAAAAGGUCACAAUUAGUUUUUUUUCUAGAAAUUCACUGAAACUGUAGGGCAAGGGAAACUUCAGUUUAAAAGAGAUGUGAUAAGAUCUGUUUUAUAAGAAGACCUUGAGUUCUAAAAACCAAUAAAAUAUGAGCCUUUUUUAUUUGAGUAUCACGUCAUAUCUCAAGAAUACUAGUAUAUUUACAUAUUUUCAAAAAAGCUAAAUCGUUGGGCUACGUAAUACUUCCUUAGAAGAACAUAAGUUCAAGAUGAAAGAAAUGGUAGAGUGUGGAGAAAUAAUGCUUUAAUAAACAACUAUUCAGAUUUUUAAUCAGCUUCAGUUUUAGUUGAUUUGCUAAAAAAUGUUACAAAUUUGAAUAUCAAGUUAACAGAUGAAGAAAGAAAUGCCAUAGGUUCUGAAGGAAAUACAAUUGUUAUAGGUAGAUCAGGAACAGGAAAAACAACUUGUGCAUUGUUAAGGCUGUUUACCUUUGAGCUAGUUUUUAGAAUGAGGGUUAAAAUAAAAUAUAAAGAAAACAAAAAAAUUUUAUAGGAUGCUUUAACAAAUCAGCCUAUAGGUUUAUAGAGCGUAUUUGUUACAACAUCGCCAGUCUUGGCUAACAAAAUAUAAAAAUACUAUAAUCAGUUUAUUUCAAACAUUAAAGAACAAGUAAGAAUUAAACAAAAAUAAAAGUAAGAAGAAGAAUAAAAAUCUAAUCAAAUCUAAUAGAAUGAAUAAUAGAAAAUAAAUGAUUAAAAUUUAAUUGCUUAAAAUAUUUAAAAUUUAACAAAUUCUAUCAAUAAAAAUAACGAUUUGGAUACAACUUUUGAAAAAGUUGAUAUCUAAAAUAUGGUUGAAAGCGAAAUUGAGCAAUUUAAAAUAGAUGAAGAUCAGAGGAAUACGAAUGAUCAGCAAGACAGCGAAAUCGAUUGUGGGGAUGAUGAAUUUGAAGAUGAAUAAGAAAGCUAGAAUUUUGUUCUAUCAGAGCAAGCUACUAAGCACAAAUCUUUAAAAGAAUUGUAAUCUUCAGAUUUCCCUGCUUUUUUUACAGUAAGACAAUACUUGAUGCUUAUUGAAGGAUGUCUUUUAAAUCCCUUUUUCUAUAGAGAUUAGCAAGGUAAAAUUGCUAACCAAGAAGGUUAAAGUAGUUGGAAUAACUAUAAGUCUGAAAAACAAAAAAAGUAACUCAAAAUAACAACUAAAAAUAAAGAAGAUGAUGAUAUCAAAUAAUUUACAAAAAAUAACGUCGAGGAUUUCACUUUCUUAUUAACUCAUCGUAAAGCUGAAGAAAAAGUAUUAAUAAAUGAUUAAGAACCUCAUGAAAGGAGAUUUGAAGUAGAUUAUUAGUAUUUUGAAAAUAUAUUUUGGCCAGUUGCUUCAAUUAAAUUUAGAGACUCUUCUAUGAUAAACUGUUAUACUCUAUGGACUGAAAUUUAUUAUAACAUAAAAGGACAUUAGAGUUUUAGUAUUAUUGACUAACAUAAUUAUGUUGAAUCUGAACUCAAUAACUUGCUUUCAAAGUAACAAAAGGAAGUUGUUUAUAGUAUGUUCAAAUAUUAUGAAGCAUGGAAAAUUAAACAAUAAGGAUAUGACUUAAUGGAUUUGGUCUUAUUUAUUGAAAGAGAAAUUCACAAUUUCAAUUUUGAUAUUCCAUCUAUACACCUUACAAUGAUAGAUGAAGUCUAAGAUUUACCUCUUAAAAUUAUAUAAAUAUUUAGAUCAAUAAACGAGCACUCCAUUUUCUUUGGAGGAGACUCUGCUUAAAGCAUAGCAAGAGGAGUAGGAUUUAAGUUUGAUGACUUAAAACAGAGUUCCACUGAUUAAACACAUUAGUUGACAACAAAUUUUAGAUCUCAUAAUAAUAUUUUGCAGCUUUCAAAUAGUGUCAUUAGCUUAUUAGAAGGCCUCUUCCCUACUUCAAUUGAUAUUUUAAAGAAAGAAAGAUCUAACUUAAAAGGUAUUAAACCAAUUGUCUUAGAUAAUGGAGAUAUAUCAUUUUUGUUUAAUCUGCUUUAAGGGUAGUAGUCUGAUUAAGGAUUUGUCCCUUUAGAUUUUGGAUGCAAUUAAGUGAUUAUUGUUAAAGAUGAUGAAAGCAAAUAGAAAUUACCUCCAAUUUUAGAACACGCCAUUUGCUUAACUAUCAAAGAAGCUAAAGGUCUAGAGUUUGAUGAUGUUGUGCUUUUUGACUUCUUUUCAGAUAGCAAGAGCUCAAUUGGGUAAUGGGAUUGUGUCAAACUUUUAGAUAUUAAUUAAGAAGUUUUAUCUAGAGACUUAUUCUUGAAAAGGAUUACAUAACACAAUGUAGAAAACUAAGUGAAGGUUGAAGAUAUGGAUGAAUUGACAUUUGAAACAACAUACGGAGUAGAGUAUGACAAGGAGAAAGAUGAAGUUACUUUGCAUAAUGUAAUUACUAAAAAUGAAUAGCUUAGAGCUUUUGAUAGGGUAGGUAAUUCCUUAUUAUGCUAAGAGUUAAAACAAUUAUACACUGCUAUCACUCGUCCAAAAUAAAGGUUAAUCAUAUUUGAUUAAUCUAAUUUAAAAAGAAAAGAGAUGCAAACAUUUUGGGAAGCUUAAAAUCUUGUUACUAUAAUAUCUUCUUAGGAUUUGGAAGAUUCUGAAAAUAUUGAAUCUCCAGAAGUUAAAUUAACAAAGAGAGAAUAGUUCAUUAAGGCAGAAAAAGAUUAAACAAUAAAAUUAUUAUAGAAACUUUUAGUUAAAAACACUAAAGAAGAAUGGUAUCAAUAAGGAUUAAAAAUGUUCAAACAUAAAUACUUUGAAUAAGCUGUUAAGUGCUUUAAAAAAUCUGGUCAUUUCAAUCAUGAAAAAAAAGCUUAAGCAUACUUUGAAGCUACAAAUAUAUCUAAUGAAGUUAUGAAAAUUGAUAAUGAGCUAUCUUUACUCAAAUAAGGCAUAGGACAGUAUAUGACAUUGAAAGGUAAAGCUAAAACAGAUCUCAGAACUUAAUUGCUUAACUAGCUUAAAGAGAAAAAAAAGAGUUUUAUACAAGUAGGGGAGACCUUUUUAUCUAUUAAUAGAAAGAAGUAAGCAGCUUAAUGCUUCUUUUCAGCAGAAUAAUUUGAAAAGGCAGGAGAGCUGUAUUAAUAGAUAAAUUAAAUUAGAGAAGCAGCAGAAUCUUAUUUCCUUUCUAAAAAAAACCAUCUAAAGGCUGCAUUAUUGUAUGAAGAAGCUCAAGAUUUUGAUAAAGCUAUUACUGCUUUAGAAUAAGAUAAUUAAUGGAUUUAAAUUUUAUCCUUAAUUUAAAGAAAUUAAGAUAAAUUUAAUCCAGAGGAUAUUGAAAAAUUGAAAGAAAAGUAUGUCACUUUGGCUUUUUAGAAUAUAAGAAGCUUGAUCGAAAAGUCUGAGAAAUAAAAUUAAAAGCAGGUUAUAAACGAUACAAUUUAAGAAGGAGAAAGUGAUGAUUCUAUUUCAUCUUUUAAUAGCAAUUUCUCAGAUAAUGAAGAAGAAAUAAUCGAAGAGAAGGAUAAUGAAGAACAGGAGACAUUUUAAAAUAACUCAAAUCAAAUAUUAGAUGAGAAUAAUUAAUCAAUUUAAAAUGAAUAAAUGGAAUAAAUAAAAUAAUAGAAAUCAUAGUAAGCCUCUUAAAAACUUAAGAAUUAUUUAAAAGAUAAAAGAAUAUUUGAGAAGGAUGAGCAAGAACCAGGUCUAAAAGAAGAAGAGGAGGAGGAAGAAAUCGAGGAAAAACAGCAAAAUGAUUUAAGUAAAGUAAAGGGAAAGCUUUCAUCUUAAAUGAAAAAGUUAAAGCAACAAAAGAAUUAAGAACAAAGCAACUAAGAAAAGAUUGAUAAAGAUGAAACUAUUUCCUAACAAAGUGAAUCAAUUUCUAUUAUUGAUGAUAAAAAUAAACUAAAAAAAAGCUUAGAGAAUAGCUUCAGCGUUAUAGAAAAAGAAUCAAAUAUUGAUUUAUCUGACAUUUCUUUUGAAAAUUUUUCUGAGUUUGAUCCAUUAGAUUAAUUGCUCAAAAAGUAAAUUUCAUAAUCUAUUGUGUCAGUUGCUAACACUGAAUUUUCAAUAUUAGAUUCAUCUCAUAUGGAUUAACAAUAAAAAGGUUUACUGAUUUAAACAAAAGAGGAAAUAAAUAUUUCUGAUUAAGCUUUAGUUUGUGUUUUAGAAGUAGCUUCGCUUAUAGACUCAUAGGUCAUGGAGUUAGUUAGUAAUUUUAUAAAGAGAAAUAUAGACUAAGAAAUUGUUUUAAACGAAAGCAAUAGAUUCGCUUCUCAUCUCACUGGUAUUGAGUAAGUUGAUUUAAAUAAAUUAGAUGAGAACUUGAUUGAAAAGGUUUUGGAUGUUUUAAAUAAAUACUUUUAACCAAGUAUUGAGCUACAAAUUUGCAACAGAUACAAAAUAUUUUAAAGAAUAAGCAAAAUUAUUCCAUUACUUACUGUAAAACAUUCACCUAUAUCAUAGGUCAAUUCUUUAGUAUAAUAGACUUAAAUGAUUUCGUAGCUUAGCUAUUUAAAAAAGAAAUAGAAGGAAUAAGCUUUAAUAGCUAAUGCUGGCCUUCAUACAAUUUUAGAAUCUAUAUCUCCAGAAUAUUUUAACAAUCAAGUAGUAAAUGUAUUUGAUUAAGUAAAAGAGCCCUCAUUUUCUCAGGAGUGUUUUAAAUAGUUAAUACUUUAAGGUUAUUGGAAAAGAAUAUUGUAUUUGAUGGAUAAAAAGGAUGCUCUUGAUGUAGCAUCUGCUUUUUGUGAUUUUACUUCUUUUUAUGAUAUUCUUCUUGAAAAAAAAUAUUUAUUUGAUAAAGACAGAUUUAGCUUUUAUGAUUUGUAAAGCUUUUCUAGCUAAGAAAUAGAAUCUAUUGAUAUCAAUCUCCUAGCUAGAAUAUAAAUGGAAGAUUUUAAUUAUUAAAUGAUAAGUAAAGGUUUUAAUAAUCAAAAAUUUUACUAGAAUGCUGAAAUUCCAAAUUGCUUUAAGUACCAUAGGGCAAUCUGGUAUAGAUUCUUUGGUAGGUUAAAUUAAAAUCAUAAUGAUCAGAAAACAUUAUAAGAACUUUUAGAAGAUGGAAAUAAAAUAAUUUUAGGUGAAAACAACAGCGAUUUCUCUGAAUUAUAAAUUUUUGAUACUAUUUCCUCAUUAAAUUUAGUUUUAUUGUACAAUUCCUAAUUAAAAUUUUUCUAAAAUUUGCCUGCUAAAAUGCUAUCUCAAUUUACAGAUAUCUUUAAUAAGUUAAAGUAGUUUUUAAAAAAUUAUAAUAACAUAUCUGAUAAAAAAUCUUUAAGGAUAGCUUAAGCAAUACUUUCUGCAUAUUAAAUAAGGUUACUUUCAAAUGAAUCUGAUAGAGUCUUAUCAAUACUUGGGAAAAACAAAGUUAUUCUCCAUAAAUCAAAUCUUUUAGUUUAUUCUUUACUGAAAAACUAUAAGUAGGUUGAUGAAUAAGAUCUAAUCAGCUACUGUGACGUUGAGUUCGAAUUUAUUUAAGCUCCUCUAAAUGUAAUACUUUUGCUCAUAAAUCGUAAAAUAUAGCCUCUUUUAGAUAGCAUAUAAGGCAUUUCAACAGCUAACGAGGGCUCUCUUUAAAGUUUGAUUUAAGUAAAAGACAAUAAGCAUUAAGUUAAAAAUGAACAUGCUAAGAGAAUUUAUAGUGAUUAAGAUUAUUAUGAUUUUUAUCUAAAAGAUGAAGUUUAAGGGGAGGGAUAAAUGAAAAAUAUUACCAACAUAUUAAUAAUUUCUCAUAAAGAUGAAAUAUUUUAAAAGUUAGAAGAAAAGUAGCAGUUAUUAGUUUAUGGGCUUACAGAAGAUUAUAAUGAGAUGCUUUUUAAUUCAUAUAAGAAAUUACUUAUUGAAGAGUUAAAUUAGCAAUUAUACGAAUAAAUUCUAGCUAACUUAAUUAUCAAUUAUGAAGAAAAUAAAUAGAUAAAGUUGUUGAUACCUUAAUAAGAUAUAACUUUUUAUAAGAUAUUAUCUUUAAAUCAAAGUAUCCUUUAUUAAUAUGAUCACGAAUAAGAUGGUGUGCUAAAGUUCAAUUUAGAAAGCUAUUAAAAUUUUGAAGACAUUGAUGAAAUUUGUUAAAAUAUUUUGAAAUCUGUGAAAUUCGCAGACAGGAAAGAAUAACUAUUUCUCUUUAAAAUGAUUUUCACUCUCCUCAUUAAUGUCAAUGAAAUUGAGUUUGAGUCACUGAAUGACUUGAUUUCAGCAUUGAAAUUAUUAGAUUGGUCUCCUGAAAUCAAUGAUUUUUUAAGUUAAAAUGAAUUCUAUUAAGGAUUACUUGAUAUUUAAACAGUAGAAGAAGCCAAGGAUUUUGCAUAUGAUUUUUCUCUCACAGAAGAAUUUGAAACAAUCUUUUUUAAAUGGGAAGAAAUAAACAUCAUCAACAAAUCAAAUUAGGAUUAAAACUUAAAGAAGUAUAGAGAAGAUAAAAAAUAUUUUGAAAGCAGUUUUGAACUCAAAAAUUAAAAAAUAAAGAUAAUCUAAAGAUUUUUAAAGAAUAAUAAAGAUCAGCUUGAUUACAUCUAUAGAUCAAGUCUAAAUUUCAAACACCUUUCUGAUUAUUACAACAUUUAAGAUGAAAUCUCAAGGAAGAAUUUUGUAUCUCAAUUUAAAUAUUGCUUGAUUGCUAUUGAGGAAGCAGCUAACUCAUUUGAGCUAAUUAAAUAGAUAGAAAAAGAUAUCUAAAAAAUUUAUUAUUAUCAGCACUUUGUUGGAGCUGAAUUAUUCAGUUUAAUAACAAAAUCCUAUUUGAAGACAUAGGACUAUUUCUAAGAGCUUUCUUAAUUGUUUAAUGAAUAAGUCAACCUUGCUCUAGAUAAAAAGUUUAGAAAGUAUAAAAAAUACUAAGAAUUCCUGAAUAUAUAUGAAAGAGUUAAGGAAUUCAACAUCACCUUUAGAGCUCAAUUAAAUCAAAUACUAAUAAAAUUAAAUGGUGAAAAUUAACAAAAAAAGAAAUAAAUUAGCCUAAGUUAAUAACUAAAACCAACAGAUUAAAAAGUAUUAAAGCUAAUGAAGAAAAAGAGAAAUGCAGAGAAACUGCAAAUGGCUACUUUUAAAAAGGAAGUAGGAGGCUUAGCUAAAAUGAAAAAUUUAAUGUUUUACUGA